UAGACGAGUAAUUUCAUUGAGGAGUGAUUUCUAGAAAAUUCAAAACGCAUCCCCGGACAAUCCAGAACUUCCUGCACAAAAAUGUCCGUUCGUCACGAUUGGUAUCAAUCGGAGACAAGUGUGGUGGUGUCUGUGAUGAUAAAGAAUGCCAAGGAGAAGAAUUACAGUGUUAAAAUUGAUGCAGAAACAGUGGAUGUUACAGCUGAUGGCUACGAAUUGCACCUGAACCUCGCUAAACAUAUCAAUCCGGACCAGUCCAGUCACAGAGUCACUCCGAGUAAGAUUGAAAUUACCCUGAAGAAAGUCACGGGAGAACGAUGGGAGAAUUUGCAGAGGACAGAACCCCCGAAGCCCGUGGCGGUGAAACAAAAGCCCAACUGGGACAAGUUUUGCAAGGAAAAUGAGAAUAGCGAAGAGGCCAAGGGUGAGGAGGGGCUGCAGAAACUCUUUGAGAAAAUCUACGGGGACAGUAGCGAUGAAGUCCGGAAGGCAAUGAAUAAAUCCUUCUCUGAGUCCAGUGGCACCGUUUUGAGUACAAAUUGGACAGAAGUUGGGGCUACGAAGGUGGGUGUUAAGCCUCCGGAUGGUACGGAAUUCAAGAAAUGGGACGAGUAGAUUGACGAACUCUCAUCUCCUUUAGAGAUUCUCUCUCAACUUUAAUCCUUUCAUGCACUUUUCAUGAGAUUUUAUCGUUUUAUGAAUGAAUUAAUUUCUUUCGCUCCUAACUUAACUUAAUUAAUGUUUAAAAACGUGUAAAAUAUCCUAUGCCAGGUGCCUUUCAUUUUGCAUUUUAAACAUACUUCUCGUGUGAAUUUUAUUUUCAUUUUUUUUUCUUUGAAGUCUUUGAAGAAAAUAAAGAAAUUAGUUGACUGAAAAAA